GGGUCCUUAGAAGCCUUAAAUAUCGUUCUGCGGGCACGUACGGUCUUUUUCCUUGCCGCCGCCGGUUUGCGCGGAGGCGGAGGCUCGAGUGCUUUCAAGAUUCGGCUCCACCCGUAAUCCACCGCCAUGGCCGAGGAAGGCAUUGUUGCUGGAGGUGUAAUGGACGUUAACACUGCUUUACAAGAGGUGCUGAAGACCGCCCUCAUCCAUGAUGGCUUAGCACGUGGCAUCCGUGAAGCUGCCAAAGCCUUAGACAAGCGCCAAGCCCAUCUUUGUGUACUUGCAUCCAACUGUGAUGAACCUAUGUAUGUCAAGUUGGUGGAGGCCCUUUGCGCAGAACACCAAAUCAACCUAAUUAAGGUUGAUGAUAACAAGAAACUAGGGGAAUGGGUAGGCCUCUGCAAAAUCGACAGAGAGGGGAAACCACGUAAAGUGGUUGGUUGCAGUUGUGUCGUUGUUAAGGAUUAUGGCAAAGAAUCUCAGGCCAAAGAUGUCAUCGAAGAAUAUUUCAAAUGCAAAAAAUGAACAAAUAAACAUGGCUCUCACUUGUCA